GCCGGGCACAGAGCGGCGCCGGACAGCAGCGCCGGAGGCGGCCGGGGAAGAUGCGGGGCUCAGGGCCCCGGGGUGCGGGACGCCGGAGGCCCUCGAGCGGCGGCAGCAGCAGCGGCGAGCCCCCCAGCACUUCUGCGUCUCUGGCCGGUUGCUACUCUGCACCCCGCAGGGCCCCCCUCUGGACGUGCCUUCUACUGUGCGCAGCUCUCCGGACCCUCCUGGCCAGCCCCAGCAAUGAAGUGAAUUUACUGGAUUCACGUACUGUCAUGGGGGACCUGGGAUGGAUUGCUUUUCCAAAAAAUGGGUGGGAAGAGAUUGGUGAAGUUGAUGAAAAUUAUGCCCCUAUCCACACAUACCAAGUAUGCAAAGUUAUGGAACAGAAUCAGAAUAACUGGCUUUUGACCAGUUGGAUAUCCAACGAAGGUGCUUCCAGAAUUUUCAUAGAACUCAAGUUUACACUGCGGGAUUGCAAUAGCCUUCCUGGAGGACUGGGGACCUGUAAGGAAACCUUUAACAUGUAUUAUUUUGAGUCAGAUGCUGAAAAUGGGAGAAAUAUCAAGGAAAAUCAGUACAUCAAAAUUGAUACCAUUGCUGCCGAUGAAAGCUUUACAGAACUUGAUCUCGGUGACCGUGUCAUGAAACUGAAUACAGAGGUCAGAGAUGUUGGGCCUCUCAGCAAAAAAGGAUUUUAUCUUGCUUUUCAAGAUGUGGGUGCUUGCAUUGCUUUGGUCUCUGUGCGUGUGUACUAUAAAAAAUGCCCUUCUGUGGUACGACACUUGGCUAUCUUCCCUGACACAAUCACUGGAGCUGAUUCUUCACAGUUGCUUGAAGUGUCAGGUUCCUGUGUCAACCAUUCUGUGACAGAUGAAGCACCCAAAAUGCACUGCAGCGCUGAAGGGGAGUGGCUGGUGCCCAUUGGGAAAUGCAUGUGCAAGGCAGGAUAUGAAGAGAAAAAUGGCACCUGUCAAGUGUGCAGACCUGGGUUCUUCAAAGCCUCACCUCACAGCCAGAGCUGCAGCAAAUGUCCACCUCACAGUUACACCCAUGAGGAAGCUUCAACCUCUUGUGUCUGUGAAAAGGAUUAUUUCAGGAGGGAGUCUGAUCCACCCACAAUGGCAUGCACAAGACCCCCCUCCGCUCCUCGGAAUGCCAUCUCAAAUGUUAAUGAAACUAGUGUCUUUCUGGAAUGGAUUCCUCCUGCUGACACUGGUGGAAGGAAAGAUGUGUCAUAUUAUAUUGCAUGCAAGAAGUGCAACUCCCAUGCAGGUGUGUGUGAGGAGUGUGGCGGUCAUGUCAGGUACCUCCCCCAGCAAAUCGGCCUGAAAAACACCUCUGUCAUGAUGGUGGAUCUGCUUGCUCACACAAACUAUACCUUUGAGAUUGAGGCAGUGAAUGGAGUGUCCGACUUGAGCCCAGGACCCCGGCAGUAUGUGUCUGUAAAUGUAACCACAAAUCAAGCAGCCCCCUCUCCAGUCACCAAUGUGAAAAAGGGGAAGAUUUCAAAGAACAGCAUCUCUCUGUCUUGGCAAGAGCCAGAUCGUCCCAAUGGAAUCAUCCUGGAGUAUGAAAUCAAAUAUUUUGAAAAGGACCAAGAGACCAGCUAUACAAUUAUCAAAUCUAAAGAGACAACUAUUACUGCAGAGGGCUUGAAGCCAGCUUCGGUAUAUGUCUUCCAAAUUCGAGCACGCACAGCAGCAGGCUAUGGUGUCUUCAGUCGAAGAUUUGAGUUUGAAACCACCCCAGUGUCAGUUGCAGCAUCCAGCGAUCAAAGCCAGAUUCCUAUAAUUGCGGUGUCUGUGACAGUGGGAGUCAUUUUGUUGGCAGUGGUUAUCGGCUUCCUCCUCAGUGGAAGUUGCUGCGAAUGUGGCUGUGGGAGGGCUUCUUCCCUGUGCGCUGUUGCCCAUCCAAGCCUAAUAUGGCGGUGUGGUUACAGCAAAGCAAAACAAGAUCCAGAAGAGGAAAAGAUGCAUUUUCAUAAUGGGCACAUUAAACUGCCAGGCGUAAGAACAUACAUUGAUCCACAUACCUAUGAAGAUCCCAAUCAAGCUGUCCAUGAAUUUGCCAAGGAAAUAGAAGCUUCAUGCAUCACAAUUGAAAGAGUUAUUGGAGCAGGUGAAUUUGGUGAAGUUUGUAGUGGACGUUUGAAACUUCCAGGAAAAAGAGAAUUACCUGUGGCGAUCAAAACCCUCAAAGUAGGCUACACUGAAAAGCAACGUAGAGAUUUCCUGGGGGAGGCAAGCAUCAUGGGGCAGUUUGAUCAUCCCAACAUCAUUCAUUUAGAAGGUGUUGUGACUAAAAGUAAACCAGUGAUGAUAGUGACAGAGUACAUGGAAAAUGGCUCUUUAGAUACAUUUUUAAAGAAAAACGAUGGGCAAUUCACUGUGAUUCAGCUUGUUGGCAUGCUGAGAGGCAUUGCUGCAGGAAUGAAGUACCUCUCCGACAUGGGCUACGUGCAUAGAGACCUUGCUGCCAGAAACAUUUUAAUCAACAGUAACCUUGUGUGCAAAGUGUCUGAUUUUGGACUUUCCAGGGUAUUGGAAGAUGAUCCUGAGGCAGCUUACACCACAAGGGGAGGCAAAAUUCCAAUCAGAUGGACUGCCCCAGAAGCUAUAGCUUUCCGAAAAUUUACCUCUGCCAGUGAUGUCUGGAGCUAUGGAAUCGUGAUGUGGGAGGUUGUGUCAUAUGGAGAGAGACCCUAUUGGGAGAUGACUAAUCAAGAUGUGAUUAAAGCAGUAGAGGAGGGCUACCGACUGCCAAGCCCCAUGGACUGUCCUGCUGCUCUCUACCAAUUAAUGCUGGAUUGCUGGCAGAAAGACCGGAAUAGCAGGCCCAAGUUUGAUGAAAUCGUCAACAUGUUGGACAAGCUGAUACGUAACCCAAGCAGCUUGAAGACACUGGUUAAUGCAUCAAGCAGAGUAUCUAACUUAUUGGCAGAACAUGGCCCACUGGGAUCUGGGGCAUACAGAUCAGUUGGUGAAUGGCUAGAAGCAAUCAAAAUGGGUCGAUAUACAGAGAUUUUCAUGGAAAAUGGAUACAGUUCAAUGGACGCUGUGGCUCAGGUGACCUUGGAGGAUUUAAGACGGCUUGGAGUGACUCUUGUCGGUCACCAGAAGAAGAUCAUGAACAGCCUUCAAGAAAUGAAGGUGCAGCUGGUAAAUGGGAUGGUGCCAUUGUAACUUCAUUUUAAUGUCACUUCGUCAAGUGAAUGAAUCUGCACUUUGUAACUAGCCCUGAGAUUUUUUUUAACAAAUAAGGGGGAAAAGGGAAAACUCAGUGAUUUCUAAUCUUUAGACGAGAUUUGAUUCAACCACAGAAUUUGUAAUCAGUGUUUUACUAAAAUCUCUUAUCUUUCUCUCAGUGUCUUCAUUUUUCAGGAAGCAAAUAUAAACUGCAUGGAAUAAGAACAUGAGGUUAACUAUUACCUUAUGUUACAAGAAUAAAAUCCUUCCUACCACUUCCACAAAAUUUUAUACAUGAAGAAUAUAAUUACGUAUAGCACCUUUAUAGACUGAAUUAAGGCAGCCCCUUUCAAUACUUCUAAGAAUCUACUUGAAAGGAAAAGUUUUAUAGCCAUUUGUGGGCUAAUCUAAGCUGCAAUUUGCUGAAGUUUACUUCAAGUCUUAUUUGUCUACAUAAGUGUAUUGAAGAGCAAUAUCAUUAGAUAAUUUCUUACUAGAUAUCUUCCUUUGUAAUUUUUAAAUGCUGUUACACAGCAUUAACUUAUAGAAACUAGCGUAUAAACAUGUUGCUUGAUAAGAACAAGUACAAUACAGGGUGUAUAUUUAUUUUUCUGUGUUAUAAAAUUUACUUUUACUUGCUCUUCUAGAAACUGUUAAGUAAUAAGUGUGUACAUACUGUAUAAUUUGCUGCAUACUCCAGGAAUCAAUUUAAUUUAGAGUUGUGUGUGUGUGUUGGCACAUGUGUGCAAUACCACCCUGCUUGCAUUUUUAGUAACAUUUUAAUUAUAUCAACAUACAGGAACAAAUGUUCCAGAGUAUAAUAUGAAUAAGAGAAAAAGGAAGCAGUAAAACAAAAUUGAGCAGAAGUUUGUGUAUUUUUUCCUCUCAUGUGUCCAAAAGCUACUAAAUCUCUUUAUUCACUAACAAGAAAUGUCUAUAAGAUUAAAUCCCCUUUGGCUUUUUAAAAACACAUUGUGAUAUGGGUGACAAUGCAUUACCUCUAGCCAUUAAUCUUGAACCCCUGUAAGAAAUUUCACCUUUCUGAUUCCCAGAAAAUAUCCUGUCAAGGAAAGUUGACACCGAAGGGCACAUUUUCAGCAGGAUGUAGAAGGAUUUAACUGUGCAGGCUUCUGUUAAUGUCGUUAAAUCCAAGUACAUAGCACUAAGCAUUACUCUUAAGUUUUAAUCCUGUGUAACCAUUUCCCCUGUGGCUCAGCUCUAGAAAUUUUGAUAUUACAGCAGCAAUGGAAUGAUGACAUAUAUAUAUAUUUUUUUCUCUUCAGAAUUCUCUCUAUUUCAAGACGUCAAGUUUUAUUAGCUGAUGGCAAUACAUUUGCUUGAUAAUUUCAUAUAGCAUUCAGUUAUGUGGAUUCAAUUUAUUUUGAUGAACCAAUGCAAAGUAUUAUUUAACUGACCUUACUAAGGAAUUUAAAAUUUGUUCAAUGUAUGGUCCAUUUACCACAAUUGGUGAAAACUGGUAUUUGUGGUACAAAUUACAUAAUUCAUUAGAAUUUGAACAAAACUGAGCUCCUUGGUGAAACAAUCUUAUUUUUUUGCAUUAUUUUACUUUAUCUAAAUUUUGGAAUAACAAAAUUAUUCAAGGAACACACAUAUGAACAAAAUAUAGUCUACUCAUGAUUAUAAAUGACAGUAUACUAUAUUAAAAUAGACUGUAUUAAUGAAUUCCAUAGGAAAUAUGGCUGCAUUAUAUUGAGGGUAUUCUUUUUUUGAAGCACCCAAUUCAGUUGAAUAUUAGUAAAUACAAGAAUAAAAUUCAGGGUGCAAGAUCUUUCUUUUCUACAUUUUCCAUCUUUAAAUUUAAAAAAAAAAUGAAGUAGGACUUUGUUAAAGAAAAUGACAGAAAAGGAAAAGUUGUAAAUAAUUAUCAGAUGUAUUAAAUUUUGUUCAACUAAGGCUACACUUCUUUAUGAAGUCUACUGUAGCAUGGGUCCACACAAAUUAUGUUUCAAUUAUACCUACUGGUUUUGUAAAAUAUCCAGAUAAAAAUAGAAGUUUAACAUUGUCUUGAUAAAAUCACAAGUAAGCAAGAAUUACCAUUAUUAAAGAUGCAUUUGUUCAUUUAAGAAACAAACUCAAACCAGCUCCUUUUGAACAAAAUAUUUGCAGGCUGAGUUUCAAAUUAAUGAAUUUUGUAAAAACAAUCAAAUUUAACCAAUAGAAUAAGAAUUGAGAAACUCAAAGAAAGAAUAGACCUAUUGAUUUAAAAGGGAAACUACCAUACAUUUUAAAGUUGAUUACCUACAACUACUUAUAAGAAACACAGAUAUUUUCUAAGUUAUUUUCCAACUUUAUAAAUUCAGCGAUGAUUCAGAGGUCAGGAGAGAGUAUAAGUGACCUGAAGUUAUACUGUAGGUUUCCUCUUAUUUUUCAAAAUGCCUUCUAAAUCAAUUUAUAUCAAAUUUAUUUGAUUACUUUGCAGACCUAGUGUUUAUUUUGGAAAGUAAAUUGAGUUAAGAAAAUAAACAGCUUUCAUCUGUAUCUCACUUUGGUUGAGAAUUUCUAAGAAAUGUCAAUAUUAUCUUAGAAAGAAUGAAGAGAUUUUUGAAGAAGAUUUGUUUCCCCCAAAAGAGAAAAUAAUUUCUUUCUAAAAUAUUUGUUCACCACUGGACAUGUCACCAAUUGGAAAGUGUCAAUAUCAUCUGUAAAUGUGAGAAGUAGAGUAAGAAGAGGCCUGUCUCUUGAAAUGCAGUGAGGCAGUAACCCAGGGCAAGGUUUAACAAAUCCUGAUUGUGUGAUUUCUUAUCAUUUUGAUUCAUUUUGUCACCCACCAAACAACCAAAAAUACAGCAUAGAAGAUAAUUUUAGCACAUAAGAGAGAUUUGUCAAAUAAUAUAUAAUGUUAUUAUAAUUAUCAUUAUAGCAAUAAUUUAGUAGAUGGGUCUUUUUCAGUGUUGAACUUUGAAAAAUAAGUACAAGCAGGGAGCAAUUUUCAACUUACUGAUACCUGUUGAAGUCACUCAAUUACUGCUUUUAUCAUUCACCCUUUUUUUCCCCCUAAUCUUACCAUUUGCUCACAUGUACAAUUACACAUGCUCAAUUGUUCUUCUUGGCCAUUGAAAUGUAUGAACAGUAUGUAAAAAUGUAAAGACUUUGAUUUUUCCAUUUAAAAAAUUAAUAUGCAUGGUCUUUUAUUUCUUGUAUUUUAAUCACCAAGUCAGUGUUCUAAAGUUGUAGGAUUACUGUAAAAAUUAUAUUCCAAUAUUCUACCUAAACUAAAAUGUGGCCAGCAUUGUUAGUUUUCAAGUUGCCAAAACAAUACAGAACAUCCGUAAUGCAGUUUGUAAAAAACUUUUAACCAGUGUGCAAUGAUGAAGAGAUAGUUCUACAUCUCAAGUUUGGAAUGAAAAACUAGUAUAAGUUGAACACUUAUGUGUUGCAUGUCUACUAUUUAAUCUCUAUGUGAACGUUAAAGAUUUAAAAAAAAAUAUUCUUUCUCCCAUUUAAAGUGGGUUCUAAGAAGCACAAGCAGAGAUAUUUACCUGUGGAAAACAUUUUUGGCUGUAAUUGUGCAUUGGAUAGCAUAUGCUUUUCAAGUCAGAUGUUAGAAAUUUACUAGAUGUACGAUGUUACAGUAGAAUAAGAUUCUUUUCUCAUUUUGUUCUUACUAAAAGAAAAAAAGAACGCUAAGUAUAAUAGUAAACUGUCUUUGAUUAUGUCCUGCCAGAUGUUUAAAUGCAAAGUAAAUAAAAAGUAGAUACAAUAAGAUGAUGAUGAUGAUGAUGAUGAUGAUACUGAAUAAACAAUCAAAUGCUAGCUUUAUUUGAAAUUAAUAACUAGAAUACAUCAUCAUUUUUUCAACUCUGUAGCACAGCUGGUUACAUUGAAUAUUUUUCUCUAUUAUGUUGUUAAUUAUAUAGUAAUGUAUCAAAAGAGAAAUAGAUAAGAUGUCUUUUCUUUCCUUGUUGAUUUAUAAAAAUGUCUUUUCACACAUAAAUGAUUGAAUGUUCCUUUUGAGAAUGACCACAUAAUUAUUGGUUAGAAGAUACCAAUUCUUUAAAAAAGAGUCUAUUUAUGAUCAGAAUCAAAUAUCAUUUGCUUCUAAAUGUUAAUGAAAAAAAAUUGAAGAUGGUAAAAUAUUCAGGCUGGACUAUAUUGACAGCAGAGGUUUCAGUGGUCAACAUAUUUGUAAAUCUUUAGGCUGCUGUGGUUUUUCAAUUAUUUAUAAGUAUGUAAAUUUUAUUGGUAGUAGUCUGAGAAUACAAGUUAUACUCAGUAAUUUGUUAGUAUAUGUUUAUUAAUAUCUCUUAGUUGAGGCAGAUCAGAAACAGCUGUAUAGUGUAUCUUGUUCUGUGCUAGGCAUUGGGGUAUCUCAAAUCCCUGCCUCAGCAUCAAUUCAAGGAAGGAUUAGUAUUUCUGUAUUUUCCCCAUUUGAAACACUAUGUGCAUUUGGUUUGUGUACAUGUUUUUUGUAGUGUAAGAUAUGAAAUUUUAUAUUUUUUCAGAAAAUAAAAAACCCUUUGAAUACAGUUAAAUGCACUUGUCAUGCUUGACCUCCAAAUAUACAGACUUUGUCAAAUGAUUUUGACUAGUUCUAAGAAAAAUGUUUGAAUUUCCUAUGCUAAAAAUUUAAAAUUCAAUCAACUUCCAUUUUUCCCAUCAACAUAUUCAUGAAUCUUUGCAUUUGAAUAAUUUUGGUAACCAUAGUUUGAUACUGAGGUUGUAGGACGUGAACAUAACAUGAAACCUAAUAAGUUGAUUUGUGACAAUGUAUAACAACAUCACUCAGGAUAUAAAAAGGAAAAUAAAGUGUGUGUAUCAUCUACAAUAAGAAGACUUUUUUGCUUACCAGAUUUAGUUGGUCAUCUGCAUCUGCUUAUAAGGUGAUAGAGUUGCGUUAAUAUAGGAAACGGUGUCAUUAAGUACAAAAGUUCUUUCUUCAUCUAUUAUUGAAUGUGUUGUAUCAUUUUGGUCUCCUUUUGUAAAGAGCAUAGCAAACAAUUUUGUGUAUUUGUGGAUAUAAAUCAUAUUUGUAUUUUUUGUAUUUAUGUUCAUAAAAAAAAUGAUGCUACCAUUCUAUGGAAAUAGUACAUAACUCUCACCUAUGCAUAAAAUCACUCUUCCUUGGGAUAUCAUUCAAUAUUUUAAUAGAUAAACUCAUACAAGGAUUUUGAGUUCUUUUUCACCAAGUAUAGUAUUGCUGUUUCUUUGCCACAGUGGUAAAGAUUUGAUGAUAAAAGGGAUUUUUCUGCAUCGCUUUAGGCACUCCUGACAAGGUAGGAGGGAAUAGAUGGGGAUAAAGGGGGAAAUUUGACAUUUGAUAUGACUGCACUAUUCUGUAUUAGAAUUGUUUGUUGUUAUCUUUGAAAUAAAUAUUAUUGUCUCUACUGAUGCAAAAACCAUGUUUCAAAUCUUAAGCCCAAGACCUGGCUUCUGAAUAGCAGAAAGACU